AUGACCACUCUAACUCGCAAGGAACUAGCGGCUCCGACCCAAGGGAAGUCGACGAAGACCAAAGACGACCCGCCUCCGAAUACGGAGAAGGAUACGCCUAUGGACGUGGACGAGAUAGAAUCCGAAUGCUCGGAAGCUACCCCGAAACGCCCUUCUACACCAGAGAUCAGAAUCCUCACGAAGGAAGAACAGAUCAGACUCCGGGUCAGAGAGCACGUAUCGCUCUGGAAGCAAUGUCAACUAGCUACCCGAGAAGGGCCGACGGCAAAGCUUCGAGCCUUACUGACUACCGCUCAGGAGAGUCAGAAGACUCUACAGAAACUUAUAGACAACGACGAAAUAGAGAGUUACGUCAAGGGUUGGAAUCCGUGGGACGAGAAGAAGAUCCAUUUCCCUUCUCCACCAAAAAAGAAUCUAAUGAAAUUCAAGAAAAACGAGCCGGGAAAAAGACAAAGCUCAAGCUCAAUGAAUUUCUCAGAUCCGGUCAAAUGGAAGAAAGCCACCGACCUUCUUCAAAUAGCGGCCGGUCUGUAUCAGAAUCUCCAAUAG